GUAACCAUAGAAUGUGUAACACAUGGUCGGUAUGUCAUCUACUACAAUGAGAGACUCCCAAGAGUUGUCUACCCUGAUGGGUAUUCUAAAUACGCCUACAACGAGCUCUGCGAACUUGAGGUUUACGGAUGCCCUAACUCAAUGUUUUAUGGAAACAACUGUAAUAUAUCGUGUCCAAAGAACUGUAGAGAGGGUCAUUGUAACAUUGAAAGUGGAACAUGUUUAGGGUGUACCAAAGGUUUCAAAGGUCCACGGUGUGAGGAGAAAUGUGAUGAGCGGACUUACGGAGAAAACUGCGAUAUGUUUUGUGGUCCAUGUUUAAAUUUAGAACAAUGUCACCACAUAAAUGGGACGUGCUUGAACGGAUGUGACAGAGGAUUCCACGGAGAGAGGUGUACUGAGGGAUGUAUUGAGGGAUUUUAUGGCCAUAAAUGUGACGAUGUUUGUAGCACUAACUGUGGAGUCCCAGGUAGAUGUGACAGAGUGACAGGACAGUGUCAAGGCGGAUGUAAGGCAGGAUGGAAAGAUUUCAAAUGUGAUAAGAAAUGUGAUGGUGGUACAUUUGGACUAAACUGUGCUCAGUCAUGCGGGGUAUGUCUUGAUAAAGAACAGUGUCAUCACAUUAACGGAACAUGCUUGAAUGGCUGUGACAGAGGUUACCAAGAGAUCAACUGUACACAAGAAUGCGCCUGGGGUUUCCAUGGUUACCAAUGUAAUGAAACAUGCAAUGCAAAUUGUUUAAAUAGAAGAUGUAACACGGUAACUGGAGGGUGUCUAAUGGUGUCUGCUCCAAAUCCUCCAGAUUUUAACACUGUUCUUAUCAUGGGAGGAGCUGCAGCGGUCAUGUUUGUAAGCCUGGCAAUUGUUAUCACACUAUGUUUUGUUUUUAGAAGAAAAAGUACAAGUCGCACAGGCAAAGAGCAAAAUUCUUUAGAGAAGCGAGAACAACUGUCCUUAGAAAAUACGACACCUAAUGAGGAUAUCUAUGACAAAAUAAGUGAGAAUUCACAGUACCAAGAGAUAAUAUAUGAAUAUGAAGACAAUGAAGAAUACCAGGAACUGGGUCAAAUGAGUCAACCUUCUCUUUAUGACAGCUUACAUUAGUGGUGAGAUGUGUAAUUCAUACUGUUCAGUAUCGGGACAUGUAUGCUAUUCCGCAAAACUCGUUUGGUACAAAGGCGGAUAUUGCAACUUCACGGAUAUAGCGAAGACAUUUUGGAACCCCAGCUAUAUAAAUUUUAACGAAUUCUUUAUACAGAAAUAUCAAAUUACAGAUAUAUAUAAAUAAAUAAAGUAAUUUUACAGGUAACCGUGACUUUAUUUUAAUCGCUGUAUAUUGUAUACGACUUAUUCUUGCACGGUCAAUUGCAAAGAAAGUGUAAGCAAACGCAAGCGUGGGAUUCAAUUAAAAACUUGUUUUAUCAAUAUAUUUAUUUCCUUUUCAUAGCAAUAGAAUGUUCUUUCAAAAUUUGGGAUAUUUAAUCUAGAGCUGACAUGUAUCAUUUUUUUUUUAGAAUAUCAUUCAUUGUCUUUUGUAAAUACUUUUUUGUAUUCCUCCAGAAUAUCUUGUAUAUCAUUGAAUCAUACUUUUAUCUACGUCGUUUAUAUGUUAGCAUGAAAUCGUUUUUGUUGUUUUAUUUUUAAAAUCUAUUUUAACAUAACAUGCUGUUAUUUUUCUUCUCUUUUUCUAUCUCUUCAGAAAUAUAUUUUUCGAAUGUGAUUCCA